AUGGAAGAAGUAAAGCAUAUGGUUCGAACUGUGGCCGUAACUACUAAAGGUCCGUGGGACGGAGAAAAGCAAAAAAGACUAACACCAACUACUACAACUGUAAGAGUUAAAUCGCGAAAACUCCUUAACAGUUAUGAACGUAAAUAUAAUACGGAGAUUCCUCGGGGUAUUAAAGAUUCUAUGGCGCCUUGGAUUGAAGGCGAAUUAGCUAAAGAAUUGAAACUUCGCAAAGGCAAGGAUGGUCAUAAAGACCGCAAAUUCUUUACUAUCGAGAACUAUGUCCAAAUGCAAAGCUUUCACUGGAGCGAGGAUUUCCAUGACUACAUUCACGAAGGAAUGAGGGCCGAUUACACGAACUUGUUAAACACUCAUUGUUACACGUCUGCAAGGCUACGAGAAGUAUGUCAAGCGGUUUACGGGGAUCUUGAGGUCAUUUUAGCGUCGAAGGAUGGGAUACCGGAAUUUCGUCUCAAAUUUGCGAAACGGAUUUGCAAAGGCACAGAAAAAAACCAGUGA